UUUGUCCGCUAACCCCUCACAAAAAGAAACAGACUUUGCACCUUUAACAUGUCCGCUUUAAAUACCAUGUUAGGCCUCCAGAAGUGGAUCGCGGGUCUAGAAGGUCUUACAGGGGACGAGCGAACAGACUUUUGGUGUCAAACAUUUCUAUUCACGGUUGUAGCACCAAUCCUAGGUGGGCUGAUGGUGUAUUAUUCCUUUAUAUUCGGAUACAAGUUCAUGUGCAAGCUUGAUGCGUGGUACUAUCCCGACACUCAACCGUCAGCGAACGAGGCUGAAGGUAAAACGAACCCUGCUACAGCUACUACCAUUACUGAGCCGAAAAAGAUCAAGUAGGAUUCGGGAGCGACAUCCGAGGUAAUAUAUCAACGUUCAUAAUUAAGCCCAACUAACCCUGCGACAAUCAAUGCGCUCUCCGCUGUGUGUUGUGUUUUGGUUUGCGAUAGUGCACUGAACACCUACGUACACCCCUAAAAUUCUCAAAAGGAUGUCUACAACUCUGCCGCACAAUGUCCGGCUCGAGAGUACACAACGAGUUGAUCGUUGUGUGUUACUACACAGGUAGGAAGAACAGCACUAGUUUACGUAGGUAUCUAUCAGUUGGGUCGUCGGUGAAUCGGUUGUCAGUGAUAACUGGUACAUACUAUCUAUAAAGUAGUACAAAAAUCGAAGGCAACUGGCACACCAUUUCGGAUUUAGGGUUAUUCGCUCAGAGUACUAUGAUUGUAUUCCAUAUAAGUCAAAGCGUCGGUUGCCGAAGCUUGUGAUUGAUUGCUGUGGAACGCUAACGUCCACAACGUGAUUGCCGAACAUCUCUCAUAGUUGCAAAGAACUCAGAAUGAUAAUAUUUGUGUAUAAAUACA